AUGACAUCCCGAACCAUCCCCCCUCUCCUGGAACCCUACCUCGCCAUCGAGCCGCCCCAGUCCCAAAUCCUCCUAACAGGCCUCCUUGGCGCCAACACCAACUGGCUCCUCCUUCGCUACCUUUACACACUCCUCAAAUCAAAAUCUCAGCAGCAGCAGCAAGCGCAGCCAACAAGACCACAACAACACCAGCCACAGGGCCAGAGACGCGUAGGCCUGAGGAUUCCGGUAGCUGCUGAACCUGGCCUUGAGCCACCCGCCCCCGCGCAAAAUGGAGGAGGUGCAAAUGAUGAGGAAGGGGAGAGUGUGGGGGUAUUGCUGGUGAGCUUCCUUCGUGACUUUGCGUUUUGGAAGGAAAGUGCCGGUAGGCUGGGACUGGAUUUGGAGGGGCUGGGGAGGAGGGGAAAGUUGGGGUUUGUUGAUGGGCUUUGCGUUGGGGUUAGAUCUGGGUCUGGGUAUGAUGGGGAGAGUGGUGGUGCUGGUGGUGGUGGUGUUUCUGGUGCUGUUGGGGGUGGUCUUCCUGUGAGAAGUAGACCUCCUGUGCCGGUGGCGGCUGGAGGGGUGCCAGGACGGGGGACCACCACAAGCUGCUCCGACAAGCCCGGAGAAAAGUGGAAGCGCUCUCUCCCCAGCUUGGCAGUGGCAGAUGUGAGCAAGACGCUACACGCUGCUUUGGACGAGCUGUGCCAGAAGAACAAGAAGGUGGUGCUGGUUAUUGACCAGCUUGACUUUUUGCUGGCUGCUACGUCGGAUGGGAACGGGUCGGUUUCAUCGGCAUUGAAGGACCUGCUGUUGGAUCUCAGAGAGCAAUCACAUGCCACGAUCCUCACGUUGUCUGCCGACGACCCAUUGAUCGCUUCGCAGGCGACCACGCUGGAGAAGGAUCACGCCUCCUUCGUUCUGUCGCUGGCGCAUGAGUCGGAUAUGAUUGUGAGUCUUAGAUUACUGGAUACUGGCAUUGCGAAGGACGUGAGCGGUGUGGUCAGGAUUACGCGUGGAGGAGACAGUAGCGGCGAGAGGCAGAUUGAAGAAAAGGAGUAUCUGUAUCAUGUCGGAGGAGACGGUGGCGUUCGGGUCUUUGAAAGGGGGCAAUAA